UAGCCUGCUAAACAAGUGUCCAGCUUCCACAAUGCCUGUGCAGGCAGCUCAGUGGACAGAAUUUCUGUCCUGCCCAAUCUGCUACAACGAGUUUGAUGAGAAUGUGCACAAACCCAUCAGCUUAGGUUGCUCUCACACUGUCUGUAAGACCUGCCUGAACAAGCUCCAUCGCAAGGCAUGUCCUUUCGACCAGACUGCCAUCAACACCGACAUCGACGUGCUUCCCGUCAACUUUGCACUCCUCCAGUUAGUUGGAGCCCAGGUACCUGACCAUCAGACAGUAAAGUUGAGUAAUGUAGGAGAGAACAAACAUUAUGAAGUAGCAAAGAAAUGUGUUGAGGAUUUGGCACUCUACUUAAAGCCAUUAAGUGGAGGAAAAGGUGUUGCAAGCUUGAAUCAGAGCGCGCUGAGCCGUCCGAUGCAAAGAAAGCUGGUGACGCUGGUGAACUGUCAGCUGGUGGAGGAAGAAGGUCGGGUUAGAGCUAUGAGAGCAGCUCGGUCACUGGGGGAGAGAACCGUGACAGAACUGAUCUUGCAGCACCAAAAUCCUCAGCAGCUUUCUGCCAAUCUUUGGGCUGCUGUCAGGGCACGAGGAUGCCAGUUUCUAGGACCAGCUAUGCAAGAGGAGGCACUGAAACUUGUAUUACUGGCGCUGGAAGAUGGCUCUGCACUCUCAAGAAAAGUUCUGGUACUUUUUGUUGUACAAAGGCUAGAACCAAGAUUUCCUCAGGCCUCUAAAACGAGCAUUGGUCAUGUUGUGCAGCUACUGUAUAGAGCAUCAUGCUUUAAGGUCACUAAAAGGGAUGAAGAUUCUUCUUUGAUGCAACUUAAAGAAGAGUUUCGAAGCUAUGAGGCUUUACGGAGAGAACAUGAUGCCCAAAUUGUUCACAUUGCCAUGGAAGCAGGACUUCGAAUAUCACCAGAACAAUGGUCUUCCCUUCUGUAUGGUGACUUGGCACAUAAAUCACACAUGCAAUCCAUUAUUGACAAGCUCCAGUCUCCAGAAUCUUUUGCAAAGAGCGUACAAGAAUUGACAAUUGUCUUGCAGCGCACAGGGGAUCCUGCAAACUUAAACAGGCUGAGACCUCACUUAGAGCUGCUGGCAAACAUAGAUCCAAAUCCAGAUGCAGCGUCUCCAACAUGGGAGCAGCUGGAAAAUGCAAUGGUUGCUGUAAAGACUGUGGUACAUGGGCUGGUGGAUUUCAUUCAGAAUUACAGUAGAAAAGGCCAUGAAACUCCACAGCCUCAGCCAAAUAGCAAAUACAAAACAAGUAUGUGCCGAGACCUUCGACAGCAAGGGGGAUGUCCAAGAGGAACAAACUGUACAUUUGCUCAUUCUCAGGAAGAGCUUGAAAAGUAUCGCUUGAGGAACAAAAAAAUCAGUGCAACAGUGAGAACAUUCCCCCUUCUAAAUAAAGUUGGCGUAAAUAGCACCGUCUCAACCACAACAGGAAAUGUCAUUUCUGUCAUAGGAACCCCUGAAGCAACAGGGAAGAUGGUGCCAAGUACUAAUGGAAUAGCUAAUUUAGAAAGUGGUGUUCCCCAAUUGAUCCCUCGCUGUGCAGACACCUCCUUGAGAGCUUUGGAGAGCACCAAGAAGGGAGGGAAGACUGGAGCCAAUGGCCAGAAUGUUUCUGGAUCCCCUACAGAAUCACUACCUGAAAAUAAAAUUGGUUCUCCACCCAAGACUCCUGUAAGCCAGGCAGCAGCUACCUCAGCUGGUCCUCCUAAUAUUGGAACAGAAGUUAAUUCUGUGCCUCCAAAAUCCAGCCCGUUUGUUCCCAGAGUACCUGUCUACCCUCCACAUUCUGACAACGUUCAAUAUUUCCAAGAUCCCAGGACUCAGCUGUCGUAUGAAGUUCCACAGUACCCACAGACAGGAUAUUAUCCACCACCUCCAACAGUACCAGCUGGUGUGGCUCCCUGUGUUCCUCGCUUUGUGAGGUCCAAUAACGUUCCAGAGUCCUCCCUCCCACCUGCUUCCGUGCCAUAUGCCGAUCAUUACAGUACAUUUCCCCCUCGAGAUCGACUGAAUUCUCCUUACCAACCUCCUCCUCCGCAGCCGUAUGGACCAGUUCCUCCUGUCCCUUCUGGAAUGUAUGCUCCAGUUUAUGACAGCAGGCGCAUCUGGCGCCCGCAGAUGUACCCCCGAGAUGAUAUUAUUAGGAGCAAUUCUUUACCUCCCAUGGAUGUGAUGCACUCAUCUGUCUAUCAGACAUCGUUACGUGAGAGAUACAACUCUUUGGAUGGGUAUUACUCUGUGGCUUGUCAACCUCCAAACGAACAGAGGACCGUGCCUUUACCCAGGGAGCCUUGUGGUCAUCUGAAGACUGGUUAUGAUGAGCAAUUAAGACGGAAGCCGGAGCAAUGGGCACAAUACCACACGCAGAAAACUCCUCUGGUAUCGUCGACCCUUCCUAUGGCAACACCAUCUCCCACACCACCUUCUCCGCUCUUCAGCGUAGAUUUUGGCACAGAGGUAGGAAGCCAAAGAACUUUUUUGGUUUGCCUUCCUGUUUCUUUCUCAGAGAGUGUCAGUGAUUUGAGUGGAACUAAAUUUGAGGAAGACCAUCUCUCUCACUAUUCACCCUGGUCUUGUGGCACUAUUGGCUCUUGUAUAAAUGCCAUCGACUCGGAGCCCAAGGAUGUGAUUGCCAAUUCAAAUGCCGUGUUAAUGGAUUUGGACAGCGGGGAUGUUAAAAGGAGAGUGCAUUUAUUUGAAACUCAGAGAAGGGCAAAGGAAGAAGAUCCUAUAAUCCCAUUUAGCGAUGGACCGAUCAUCUCCAAGUGGGGUGCAAUCUCCAGGUCAUCCCGCACGGGUUAUCACACGACAGAUCCUAUUCAGGCCACUGCUUCCCAAGGAAGUGCUACUAAACCCAUCAGUGUAUCAGAUUAUGUCCCUUAUGUCAAUGCUGUUGACUCAAGAUGGAGUGCCUAUGGCUCAGAUUCGACUUCAUCAGCACGUUAUGCAGAAAGGGACAGGUUCAUAGUCACAGAUUUGUCUGGUCACAGAAAGCAUUCCAGCACUGGAGAUCUAUUGAGUAUUGAAUUACAGCAGGCCAAAAGUAACUCGUUAUUGCUUCAGAGAGAGGCGAAUGCACUAGCCAUGCAACAGAAGUGGAAUUCUCUAGAUGAAGGCAGUCGUCUUACCUUAAAUCUUUUAAGCAAGGACAUUGAUUUGAGGAAUGGUGAGACUGAUUAUACUGAAGACUGUGCAGACACAAAGCCAGAUCGAGACAUUGAGUUGGAGCUGUCAGCCCUUGAUACAGAUGAACCUGAUGGGCAAGGUGAACAAAUAGAAGAGAUUCUGGAUAUACAGCUAGGUAUUAGUUCUCAAGAUGAUCAGCUGCUCAAUGGAACAACUGUAGAGAAUGGACAUCCACUAAAGCAGCACCAGAAAGAAUCUGUGGAACAGAAGAGACAAAGUUUAGGUGAAGACCUUGUGAUUCUGGAGGAGCAGAAAACAAUCCUGCCCGUAACUUCUUGCUUCAGUCAGCCGAUCACAACAUCUGUUAGCAAUGCAAGCUGCCUGCCCAUCAGCACAUCAGUCAGUGUUGGCAGCCUCAUUUUGAAAACUGCUCACAUUAUGUCUGAGGAUAAGAAUGACUUUUUAAAGCCUGUUGCAAAUGGCAGGAUGGUUAACAGCUGAAAGGCAUUCAUCUUUCCAGCUUGUGACCACACCAUGGAAGCAUUUACACUAGCUUUUUAUAUAUAUAAUAUAUAUUAUAUAAUGUAUAUUUUUUUUAAAAAAAGUAAUAUUGGGGUCAUGCAUUUCCUGUGGACUCUUUGAUACUUCAAGCCCCUCUCGCAUUAGCAUUCUGAAGAAGAAAAAACUUACUUUACUAGGGUAAGGCGUUCACUUUCCACAAACGAAUGGAAUUUGGACAUUGUUUUACUUAAGCUUAAAGCAGCUUUUUAUGAGUUUGUAGCAAUCCGGUGCGGUAUCUGAGCCAUUCUUGUUGAAAAUGGCUUCUGUAGAAAACUAACAACUCAGUUAUUUAAACUAGCAGGAUCCUACAAUGAUACAUCUAGUGAAAGGAAGACUAACUUAUUUGUCUCUAUUUUGUUUCAUGAGA